AGGCGGCUAUAAAGCUAACAGCGAUACGACACAAUUCAGUUGAAUUUAGUUGUCCCUAACAAGUACAACGCAGAUACGAAAAUGGUUUCCACAAAAGUUUGGCUAAUGAGUUGCCUCGUCGCGACAACCCUCUUAUACUCUCCCGCAUCGGCCAAGUGCAAUACUUGCAGCGUCAACGGUAUAGCAUGCCUCAGCGAUAGUUCAUUCCUCAUCUGCCACAAAGGUGUACCAGAUUCAUCGCAGGUCUUUCAGUGUCCAGCCGGAGAGGUGUGCGUUUCCCAUUCCCUGAAGCGGUGUGUGCCGGGUUCUGUAUCCUCAGCAGAUUGCGCAGCUGACCAAAAUGCCUGUGGCGCCUGUAAUGGCAACAAGCUCUUCACCUGUCUCACGCCCACCACUUUUGCGCAGUGUAACAGUACUGCGUUGUUGCGGAGCGUUGUCGGCAGUUGUCCUAGUGGCCUGACUUGUGAUUCUUCACGUCCUGAAAUUUGUGUUCUUGGCGGCGCCGAGUGUUCGAGAUAAGUGAUCUGCUUUAAGUGAGUUAUAAGGACGUUUACAUAUUGCUUUAGAAAUGUUUAAUGUGUUGAAUAAAUGAUGGAAAUUUAACUGUGGGCGGAAGUGCUGUUAUGUGUUUCUUCAUGAAACAAGUCGAGUAAAUAAUAGAUAUAAAGCACACUAGUUUUUGUGACCCAUAAACCUAAUUGAGAUUGAUAUUAAGUAAUAUAUAAACAGUUUUCCAAUAAAAAUAAGAGUAUUUCUUUAAAAAUGAUACUAAUU